AUGUGUCCCGGCAACUCUCACUCUCAUUUAUUUGCUUCAUGCACUCCUAAAUCUCCUGUUCCAGAUCAUUCUUUAUCUCGCAUUGGGACUCCCCUUCGACGUUCUAAUUGCCCCGAUGCUCAAGGUUUCCAUGUCUGGACCGAAUACCAUCUUCAAGACAUUCAUUUCACUCCCUUCACACACUCCUCCACGUUGAAUCUUGGAAUUACCGAUGCGCUUGUAGAUGUCACUGGUCAUGUAUCCUCAUUUCCGCGGGAUCUCUGCUUGCGUUGGAUGUUUCGGGAUCCCGACAGUGGAGAGAUCAAGGUUUUGUAUGGCCGUGACACUGAGCUUAGAUGGACCGAAAUCUUGGCUGGUGCACGUUCAGGUGUGGUGCCUGCUCGUUACGUUCCCAAAGUUGCAGGCGAUGGUUCGACACGCGGUCCCAUGACACGUGAAUGGUUCCUUGAUAUGGUUUCUCAGUUUUCGGUUUCGGCUACAGGUAAACUCUUACGGGACGGACUCGAGGUUUGCCAAAUUUGGGAGGAUUUUGAAUGGUUAGCCACAGUUAUGCUUCCUUCUCGAAAGGAAGUGGAUCUUGCACUGUAUACAGCCGAACGGUUGGUUUCUGAGGUUAGGAGCGAGCUCAAAGCCUGGCAUUUAGACUCUUAUCAGCGUGCGUCAGCUAUUCUUAAUCAAUUCAACUCUGUCUCUCCUUCUCCCCUUGUCUCUACUUCCACUUUUCCCCUCCCAAUCCCAGUUUUUGUUCCUCCCCCUGCUUAUGUUCCGGUUUCUACACAUUCAUUAUUCCCUGUCCACCUUUCGUCUUCGCCUUCGGUGCUUCCUGAGGAUUCUAUUAUGGAUUCCGAGGACGGAAUCUAA